GUUAGCGAAGAAACAACACUUAUAUAGCAAAUUGCACACACUGCAGGAAACCUUACCGCAGAAAGACAUGCCGAAGGCUCCAGUUACAGCUCAAGCUCAGCACGUUCUUCAAACCCCCUCUCUUCCAUUUCCAGUUUACGCGGCUCUUUCACCACCUAAGGUCGUCUCUCUCUCUCUCUCUCUCUCUCUCUCUCUCUCUCUCUACGUAUACAUACACUGUACUGUAUCUAUAGACUCUACGCACAGCAAAAAGUCGCACCACGUUUCCCUGUCAACUUCGAUUUGUUCCUGUAGAGUCCAGAUUUGGAAUGCUCUGACUUUAUCACUCUACAUAAUCUGGUUGUUUGUAUGCACAAUUGAUACGCCUAAGUCAAUCGGUGCACCAGACACAUGGAAAUGGAACUCGAUGCACCGUCGUUUGAGGCUCAACAGAUUGAGUCGUCGCCGCACAAAUCGACAGGCAAUGAAGAGAAGGGCACUCAUAUUAGGUUUCUUUUAUCCAAUGCGGAAGCUGGUGCUAUAAUUGGAAAAGGUGGCUCAACAAUAAAUGAGAUUAAGUCACAAUCUGGAGCCCGCAUCCAGUUGUCACGCAACAAUGAGUAUUUUCCUGGCACAUCUGAUAGGAUUAUCAUGGUCUCUGGAGCAGUGGAUGACAUAUUAAAGGCAGCUGAUCUUAUUCUAUCAAGAUUGAUGGAUGAGUUUUAUGCUGAGGAUGGAGCUGAGAUGGAUCCAGAAUCUAAAAUUAGACUGGUGGUACCCAAUAGCUCCUGUGGUGGAAUAAUUGGAAAGGCUGGUGCCAACAUAAGAUCAUUGAUUGAAGAAUCUGGAGCUGACAUUAAGAUAUCUCCCCAAGAUAUGUAUUACCCUGGUUUGCAGGAUCGGCUAGUAACUGUAGCUGGUACUUUAGCUGAGCAAAUGCGGGCGAUUGAGCUAAUCGUACUGAAAUUGCUAGAGGACCCAUAUUAUCAGCACUCCGCCAAUACCCCAUUUCCUUAUGCAGCACUUAUGUACAAUGGGAUGAACUAUGGACCAAAUGGAGCUGGAGUGAUGUAUCAGAACAAUAGACAACCGAACAAGGAAGAUAGAAGUAGUUCCAUAACUAUUGGAGUCGCAGAUGAACAUAUUGGACUAGUUGUGGGGCGUGGAGGAAGGAAUCUUAUGGAGAUCACCCAGCUUAGUGGAGCUCGGAUAAAAAUCUCUGAUAGGGGUGAUUUCAUGUCUGGGACAUCAGAUAGGAAAGUCACCAUCACAGGGUCCGAAAACGCAAUUCAUGCAGCCGAAUCCAUGAUAUCAGCAAAAGUUGCUUCAGCUGCUGAGAGAGAGAUGAUGUAAUAGUCCUGAACUUCAUCUAAUCUACAUAAGAUACUAGGUUUUUGAAUGACCUAUCCAGUUCAUCAUUUGGUAACUCCUUAAAUUCGUUCAUACCGUCUGUUAUGAUGAAACCAUGUGAAUUUGAUCCAAGCUAGAGGAGGAAUAUAUGUUUGAUCGAAGGGAUUGCUUUACAUAUAGUAUAAUAAAUCGGAGGAUAUGUCUGUGUUAUAGGCUAGAUGAAGAAAGAGGCCAUGUUGUAUAUUUUCUCAUCCUAGAGUUUAGAGAUGUAAUUGAGAUAUUUCUAUGUUACUAUUGUUGUUUGAUCAUCCUACGUAUCUGGUGCACUUGACCGGGUGAAGAACCGAUGGUGGAUUUUACACCCGAUAGAGUUCAACGAGUGUAGAUGAAAGCACACCUAGGUUAUUGAUUUGCUUAAAUUUGACUCUUUUCUGCAUUUUACUUCAAGGGAGCACAUCAAGAUUUCUCUUGUUUUUGUCACCGUUAUACUUGACUUUGCUUGUUACAUUUUGUAUGUUAUGGCCAUAUUUCUUUUUCA